AUGGCACCCGUACCCCGUGCAGUGGCAGCUCUCCUCACCUUAGCCGCCCUCUCUUCCUCUUCCUCCUCCUGGUCCGGCCCCCCUUAUUCUCACGGUCCAACAACCCCCAUAACCACCAGCACAGUUACCAGAAUUCUCGAGCGCUGUUCCCUCACUUCUAUUACCAACGUUUCUGAUUCUAAUGCUGCCCCGAUGCUGCACUGUUUGGCCGCGCUCUCAGAAGCCGCUAUCAAUAAGCAUUACAAAAGGCCGUUUCUUGCGCAGCCUUUUACCAAGAGCCCAGUCAUGACUAUUUUCUUGAUUGUUUCUCUGGGAGGAUUUGCGCUAAUAGCGCUUCUGUUCUCUGUGUGUUCUUGUGCUGAACGACAUCGUGGAGCCAACAAGAGAGAGGAGAUAGCGUUGGCGAGCGCGAGAAUCAACAAAAGGAAUACAUGGGGUAGUUAG